ACGUCCAUGCAGCUCCGCUGGUUCCUACCCGGGAGCGUAUAUUAGAAGCACAGUAAAAACAUGGCAGCCAACAUAGAGCAAAUAUUUCAAGAUUUUAUUUUGAACAAAAUCAAAGAAAUUGAGGAACAAAAGGAGGAACAAACAGUUCCUGUUGCUGAGAACAGCCACGCAGAGGCAUGCCAAAAGACCAGCUCUCCUGAAAAACGCCCUUGUAGCUCAAGUCCGCACAAAAAACACAAGAAGAAGAGCAAGAAACACAAGAGCAAGAAGAAGAAGAAGAGCAAAGGGAAGGAUAGAGACAGUAGCGAUUCAGAUGACAGUCACAGUAAACAUCGACAGCACAGAUCAAAAGAAGAAAAGGCCAGUAAAGAAGGUUCAGAUCAUGAUCGGACAUCUAGCCGUCAUCGCCACAAGUCCCCAGAUGAAGACAGGAGGAAGAAGAGGAGGAAGAGGAGUAAAGAGAAAGAUGGUUCUGAUUCGGAGAGUGAGGGGGGAGGCAAGAGAGACAAGACCAACGGGCCCAGUCUCCAACCACAGCUGCCAGACAUCAUCCCUAAACAGGAAAGUUCCAGUAAGACGAACAGGAAACAAGAGUCCACACACAGGAAGUCCUCCCGAUCCCAGACGAGAUCCAGGUCUCGGUCUCAUUCCCAAUCCCGAUCGCAUUCCUCCGCACCCAAGAAAGAGUCCAGCACCGGAGACCACAGAAAGUCCAGAACAAGAUCCAGAUCCACAGAGAGGAAGCCCCCCUUGGCUGACCCCCCUGACCCUGUGCAAACCUCCAACAGCGAGCACCUGGAUGUUGAGGUACUCCCCAGCUCAACUGAGCACCACCCCAUGGAGGAGGGCCUAACAAUGGCAGAGCCAAGUACGCAGUCAGUCUCCUCUGAGAAAGGAGGAGAAAAGACAGAAGAUAAACUGCAAGAAACGCCAAAAAGUGAAGCUCAAAGUACAUCUCAAUCCACUACUGCCAAGUCCGUCACUGAGGACAAAGCCAAGCGUACGCCGUCUAGUGCGGACGUCCCGUUGAAACACCGGAGGAAAGGCAGUCGCUCGCCUCAGAAGAAGAGGGAACACAAGUCCUCCAGGAGAGCCCGGGGAUCCAGGAGCAGGUCCACCAGCAGAUCAGCCAGCCACAGGAGGCGCUCAAGAAGCAGGAGCCCACGGAGGAGGAGGUCACGAUCAAGGUCGAGAGGUCGGAGGUCACAUCGCACCCGUAGCCGUUCUUCGUCCAAAGAUCACCGAAAGAGGAACCCGUACAGCCAGAGGGACCGCUGGAGGAGGGAGCCCAGUCACUCCCCCGUACUCAUCCUCCGGAAAAAUAGAUCCCCUGCAGGAAGGAAACACGGCAGCUCCAGCAGCCCCCACCGCAUCAGUGAACUCGAUAAGGAGCAGCUGUUGGAAAUCGCUAAAGCUAACGCUGCAGCCAUGUGUGUGAAAGCUGGAAUGCCUGUCCCCUCCAGUCUGAGGUCCACCACGGCCCCGCUCAACCUGCCUAUGGCCAUGAACCCUGCUAUGGCCAGUAUGACCGCAGCCUCCAUGACCGCAGCCCUGUCCAACAUCAGCUCCCUCCUGCCCUCUCUCAGCAGUAAGCCCUCUUCUGGCUCCGGUGCACUCAGCUCCGCUCUGGAGGAGGUCAAGAAGAGCGUGCAGAAGCAGGCUAACAUCAUUAGCAUCAAAGAGUUCACUGAAAAAUGUAAGAUGAUCGUGGACAGUAAGGGCGAGCUCCCGGUGGCGGCUCCUCACGUCUCAGAUGAAGAGGAUGAAGGAAAACUGUUCGGAGCAGGGGCUGUUAAAGAGCAGAAGGCUAUCCGCUUUAGCAUCAAUAACAUGGCUGUCCGUCCAACUGUCAGGAGUGAUGCGGGCAUCGCCAAAGAGUUCCCUGUGUCCUCUGGAUCCCAACAUCGGAAAAAGGAGGGUGAGGGGCAGGGUGCGUAUGGAGAGUGGGUUCCUGUUGAAAAAGCAAAUGACAAAGCAGUGUCCAAUGCCAAGAAGAGCUCCAUCACGUCGGGCAAGUCCUCAGCAGAGACUGGGCCUGGAACAGAACCAGAGCCAGCUGUGGAACAUGACAGUGUGUUCCCCGAGCCCCCGCUACAGCCUGUCGAUAUCUCCCAAGCUGUGAGUGAAAGGAUCAAAGCUCAAAGACGAUUGGCUGAGAAUCCCUAUGACGUCAGUGCCCUCUGUAUGUUGAGCAGGGCACAGGAGCAGGUGGAUGCGUGGGCCCAGUCCAACACUGUCCCAGGGCUCUUCACUGGUUCCACAGGAGCUCAGGUUCUCAGCUCAGAAGAACUGUCCUCCAAUGGUCCACAAGCCUGGCUCAAGAAGGACCAGUUCCUGAAAGCAGCUCCAGUGUCGGGGGGCGUGGGGGAGUUCCUCAUGAGGAAGAUGGGCUGGAGAACAGGAGAGGGCCUGGGGAGGAACCGGGAGGGCACGGUGGAACCAAUUAUCAUAGACUUCAAGGUGGAUCGCAAAGGGUUAGUGGCUGAGGGAGAGAAGCCACAGAAGCAGACUGGAGGACUGGUCGUUACCAAGGACCUAAUGGGAAAGCACCCGGUGUCUGCUCUGAUAGAACUGUGCACUAAGAGGAAGAUCAUGCAGCCGGACUUUGUCAUGGUGCAUCACAGUGGCCCCGACCACCGCAAGAACUUCCUCUUCAAGGUGACGGUGGGUGGAGUGGACUACCAGCCUCAGAUGGCCAGUCCCAAUAAGAAACAUGCAAAGGCCAUGGCUGCUACGGUGGCCCUGCAGGCUCUAGGAGAGGUGCCUGCGGACGGUCCUGGUCUAUACACUGGCCCUGUCUUCACGGCUGCCUCUACUGGACCACUGUUUUCUACGUGAUCCGCAAGCACAGACUGCAUUUCAUUAAGUAUCAACACUUGAAGAUUUCAUACAACUCUGAAAGGGAGUAGAUGUCCCCUUUGCUAUUUCAUAAACAAUAUUUCAGACGUAGAAAACUGUGCAAAGACUGUGCAAAGGGCAUCUACAACUCUCCCUACCUUUGUUUUUUGUACAGGAAGACACUGUAUCAUAUGGAGUAGAUUUCUGUAAUGUUUUCGAUCUAAUUUGUUUUAAAGUGAUGUAAAUAUUUGUCUUUUAGCCCAUGUUUCUGUUCAUUGUGUUCCCCAUGUGGCUGAACUCAUCAAAAGCUCUGAUCUGUAUAGAGCAAAAGUAAAUAAAGAGUAUAUUUAUAUUGUCUAAGUAUUUCAAUAAUGUUUCCUGUCUUUCAAUAUCUAAUUUAAAUUAAACCAAUUGAACUACUACCAAAAGGGCAACAAAAAUACUACGGUCCUAAAGUUGAGCCUUGUGGUACUCCGCUUUGUGUCAGGUGCUAAGAGAGUUCAACAUGAAAUAGGGUUGAAUUACAAAUUGUUACAUUCAAAAGUUUAUAUGAAAUGUGUAUGUGGUUCCUCAUAGGUCAGGCAGCAGUGAUUAGAAAGAAAAGUACUGUGGGCCAUUUUAGGACCUGAAAGUUUGUGGUUCAAUCCCUUCUUUCUUUGGUUUACACUGCCUGUACGUCUUUGGGAAAGACAACAUGCAAAUCUUGCCUUUAGUACAGUUGUUCUCAACCUUUUUCAUCACCAUAAUAACAACCACUGGCAUUCGCAAUCCUCAAACACAAAAGUAUGCUGCCUGCAAAAGGAUUGUCUAAUGUGAGAUUUUAUUUUCAGGACAUAGGUUUAGAUUAAUUUAUUUGGUAGGUCAACAUUUGACUGCAUUUGAAGUGUGUCAAGCCUGGUUUAAGACUUGCAUUUUUUCAUUGGGUCAAACCCCCAGGUUGAGAACCACUGUGGAGAGUGAGAGUGAAUGGGUGAAUAGUUUCUUUCUAUGAAGUACUCUGAAUGUACUGUACAUUUACAGAGACACAUGACUUAAACUGAUACUUUCCAAAGCAGUAUUCAGGUGCAUCCCUUGAAGUCUGCUGACAUAUUAAAAUUAUAUUGAACCAUAAA